AUGCACUUAAUAUUUAAUUCUAAUUUCAUUCUUAAUAUAUAUGGAAUAUCUCAAGAUCCUGAUACAAAAGACUAUAUUGUGGUUCUUGAAAAUGCAGAAGGUGAAAAUUUUAAUGAUUGGGCAUAUAACAAUUUUAACAAUUUUAAUUGGUCAAUCAAAAUACGCCUAUUAUUUUAUAUUAUUCAAGGUCUUAAAGAAAUUCAUCAAAAGAAGAUGGUUCUUCGUGAUUUUCAUACAAGAAAUUUGUUAAUUUCAACAAAUAAUAUAAAUGAUAAUGAUUUCAAUAUAACUAUUUUAGAUAUGAAAUUAUGUGGAGAAUUUGGGAAUAUUAAUGAGACUAAAGUUUAUGGAGAUAUACAUUAUACUGCUCCUGAAGUAUUAAGUGGAAAUUCUUAUACUCAAGCAACAGAUAUAUAUAGCUUCGGUAUGAUUAUGUAUUUUAUGGUAACUGGAAAUUACCCUAGUGAUGAAAUUAAACAAAAAGAAAUUAAUGAACAAGAAGCUCCAAAAUGUUAUAUUGACUUAAUGGAAAAGUGUUUGGAUCAAAAUCCAGAAAAUAGACCGAAU